AUGGCAUCAGAAAGCAAGAGAGUGAAGAGAUGGGCGCCGAAGGUCUUCAGCGGCUGUCAGACAUGCAAACGGCGACGUGUCAAGUGCGAUGAGACGAAGCCUACGUGUACGAGAUGCGCUCGCAGCAGUCUGCAAUGCGAAGGUUACGCGCCACCCCAACCUCGAAUAUUCGUGCCCAAGCAGAAGAAAGUCGCACGCUCACCUCAGUCCGUUUCGAGCCAGGACGACCUCAAAGAACGAGCUUCGUCUGCUGCAAGCUCAAAAGCCGGCACUCCUGACCCGAAAACAGUCUUCACGAGUCCUAGUGAAUUGCAACACUUCGAAUAUUUCAUGAAAGAACCCGCAAUCAUCUUUUCGAUAUACUCAAGCAACUUCUGGACAGUCGUCAUACCACGAGCAGUACACAGUCAUGUUGCCGUACGGCAUUCCGUCAUUGCGCUGUCAAUGGCAUACCGAUCACUUGUCUCACCAGAUGGCUUUAGUGUCUGCGAACAGCAAUUGGUAGACCACUACAGUGCCGCCAUUCUCACACUGACUCAAGGCCAGGCAACAGUAGACAUCGUCCUCAUCACCAGCAUUUUGUUUUACAGUAUCGAUUUUCUGCGUUUUAGUGCGCAUGAGGCUGCCUUGAGUCACCUUGAAGCUGCGUAUAACAUACUACAAGAGGUCAAAAGUACCCCAGGGUUCAAAAGAUCAGAAUACUAUGGUCUCAUCACCGAGCAUCUGCAGCCAGUGAUAGAGGGCACAAGAUCCGGUCUCGAUCACGACGUUCUGGACAAUGUCAAUAAUGCCGCAGGCCUACUGGCGAGCUACAAGCUACGAUUUCCGGAGACGACAGCUUCGAGGCCCGAGGCGGCGGUCGAUCAGCUACAGGCAAUGCUACGGUUCCUUCUCGGUCAAACAGCGGACAUCAUUCCGUCCGAAGCAGAUGUAGCGCACUGUCUCAUGGAGCUACCUGCUCUGUUCAACUGCGUGGCAAACCUGGGCACUUUGCCAGGCUCGCCACCUUUACGUGGUCGUUUGUUCUUCAUUCAUCACGUCACGUACACGAUCCUUCUGCGCGAAUUGCGACAGAGCCUUGGGGCUGCGGACUGUGGACCGGAAGACUGUUUGCUCACGUCUUACAGAUUUGUCGUUGAGCAGAUGCAGCAAUUCCUCUCAAUACCAGACUCGGAGCUCUCACAGCACAGCACUCCUACUUGGGAUCGACUCGGUGUCAUUGGACCACUGUUCUUAACGGUUGUCAUGUCACCAAACGAAGAGCUCGCGGCAAGGGCACUGGAACUAUUGCGCUCUGCGAAUAGAGUGGAGGGACCAUGGACUUCGGGGCUGGCUGCGAACAUUGCAGAAGCACUGGCGCAAGGUGAUGCGCAGGAGAAUUUGGGAAUGGGUCUGGGCACACUACGCUUCGAGAAGAUGUCCAGUACUCUGCACAUUUUUGACGACAGCCCGGAGCCUAUGUUUGACCACUAUUUGUCGGUACGUCCUGCAGAGCUUGCUGCAUUGGAUGUGAACGCUGUUCAAUGUGUAGUCCACCUGUACGGCUACCAAUUGCCAUGA